GAAUUUACCUGAAACUGUUCAGACUGAUUAGAGCACCGUCAGGUAAACUGAAAACGGCAGGUAAGUAGUCUUGGCUUGAUGACUAAGGAAUAGUACUGUAUUUCUAUUUUGAGGCCCACUUUAUCUUUCAUUACGAAUACGAGUUAUAGAAUAUGUUACCGCGGUGAUGUUUCUCAGGGGUACCCAACGACGAUAUAGUUCAAAACCACUUAACACAGCAUUGUUGAACGUAUUUUAGUAUUUAAACGGUAGAUAUAGGCAUAUUUUUAUCCCCUAAAAACUUUUCAUCUGUUCGGAUUUCCUAGCUCAAAGUCCAGUGAUCCGAAAAUUAUAGGGAUCAAAACUUACCUUUUCGAAAAUUUCAGCUAGGAAAAGGGUCCCGAAAAUUCUAGGUGGCCCUUUUUAGGGAAAAAUACGUUAAAAAUGGGUAAUUAUACCAUUUUGUAAAUGUUCGAAAAUCCUAGGAGAGGCAGGAGAGCAAGAAAUUUUACAACAAAUGUUCCGAAAAUUCUAGAUCUCAAACGGUCUUCCGAACAGAUAUUUUCCCGAAAAUUUCCGUUGGGUGCCCCUGGUUUCUGCGAGAAUCGACUUAAAGUGGUUGUACGAUGAGUCCAAACUUGUGCGCUUCUCACUUUUCUGGGGCGUUACGCGUUGUUUGGCUCUUAAUUAUUUGCGGGAGUUUGAUUUUGUGCCAUCGGCGAGUUGCAUAAGGCGAGAAAUUUAGCUGGAACUGUUAUCGUGCUUGCGGCCUUAAUCCGGUCAAUUACAAAGUGCUAAGAAAAGUCAAGAUAAUGAGAGUCCGUCUGUGGGGGAGGGAAUUGAUAUUACAUGCUUGAAGGUCUUCGUAAAAAUAAUCCCAGUAAAAAAACUCUUACUAUUCCACGUAAACUUUGAGAUGUUCUUUUCCAUUACUGUGCGGUCAAUGUUGUUCUAAGCAUUUAUAGUCUCAUUCUCAAGUCUCUGAAGAUUUUGGAUCCGAAAUCGGAGGUGAAUACUUUGUAUCUAAUUACCUUUGAUUCUGCUAUUGUUUGUAGGGUGCACAAUUCUUCCAACGAAUAAUGACACGUUCCUCCUUCGAUCAUAAGAGUUUUCGGUAAAACCAAAAUGAAAGUGUCACGUUCAUAAAUGUAGGUUGCUUUAAAAAUAUUGAUGGCGAGCGGGUAGCAAAGACGUCACUAUUAAAAAGAACUCACUUUUUUUCAAACUUUUCUGCUUUCGUUCCAACUUGCUCAAAACGGCAAAUGAAUAAGUGAAUUUCACUGGAGUUGAAUCCUUGGGACCGCACCCAAGUUUAAUCAUCGUGUGUUUUUUUUUUCACCCCAAACAACGUCUUGAAAAAAGAUUUCAUGUCGCGCUCGUGCACGGAAAAGAAAUGCACCAAAAAGCGUGCUACACACAUGCAAAAUUUUUUGCUUUUUGACGUUGUUCUCGUUGCUAUCGCCGUCGUCGUUGCCAAAGCCACUCAGUGUUAUCGAUGUGUGUAAACUGAGUGGGAAUCCGAAUGCGUUUUUAGUAUGAACGCUUACGAAAUGACCUGAAUACUCCUAAGAAAAUAAGUCCGGAAUCCUGAAUCCGAAAUAUUUAUGAAUCCUCUAGUGUAACCGUAGCACCUACGCGAACAAUCUGGUGGUAUCUCAGACUUUUAUUUGCAAAUGUGACGAUAGGUGUUGCCCUGCUAAGCACAAAUCGGGGAAAUAAGUGUCAAGGUCAUUCCAGCGACUUCGGCGUGUGAACAACAAGGGGGAAAACUAACUCUGCAACUCGCUUGGCUAGUGGGAAAGGAACUCGUCGCUAUUUCACGGUACCAGGAUCUGCUACAACUGGAAAACGGGACAGCACUCAAACUUGGACUUAACAGUUUAAUCUUCAGCUCGAUCGUGGACGUAAAUCAUAGAGCCAUGUGCAUGCAAAAUGUAACUAAAUCGAAAAACAGGCAUAACAGUGCUCUAUUUAUACUAACUGAUCAACCCAAAUGGAAGGAGGGCUGAAUAAAAUCAGCUGUACACCGAAAACAAAUCUGGAUAAAUUCAGCUUUAAAGUUCAUAUGCUUAACUAAAUGACUCAAAAUUAAAUGUCAGUCAAGGAAAUGUGUUUUAGAAUUUAUAAAGAAAGCUGUGUAAACAAAUUAGAAUUUCCUUUGCUCUGGAUUCCUCAAAAUGUCAAAACUGUAAACUGCAAACUGUUGGUAUUUGAACAGGAGAAAGGACAAGUUCUUCAGUGACGAAGCUGAAUAAUUAUUUCUAGAAAAUGCAAUUUCGAGGGUACAUAUAAUAUGCUUACAGAAAUUUCCUAAGGUACUGUUUCAAUUGUAUAGGUAAGAGUAAACGUUCCUUGUUAACGUGUUUGUACAGGCUUAAAUCGGAAAAACUUCAUUCGAAACGUUGAAAUCCUAUUUUUAUAAUUUUGUAGUCCACGUGCCAUGAAAUAAAUUUUAAAACCCAAUAAAAUCUACAUUUAACACAAAUCAGUUGUGAUUCUUUUACCGUUCUGAUUUGCCACAUUACUUUUAACCGACGGAUCACCCAACGUUGAUGUAAUCGUGCCCUCUUCGUCUAGUGCGAGGAGAGGCCGAAGUGAAAUCAACGCGUUUACGCUUUAAAACAUCCAGCCUUGUGAGCUAUUUGCGCUUUUUUCGCCGUUUCUCUAAUAUCAAGUGUGUAACUAGGCUUAUAGCACCGAAUAGUUAAUAGGCUUUUGACCAUUUAUUAGUUAAUAGGUUUUGUUAAUUAUAUUGUUAAGAGUCCCCAAUUAGUAAAGGGAUAUUACCCUCGGCUACUGAGCUACUAAGACAUGUUAAUAAGGUUUUGAUGAUGAUGAUAUAUAUACCAUUGAAGAUUUGGUCCACCAAUAAAUCACUUCUCUUUUUUGGGAGCAGACAUUCGGGUGUAAAAGGAAAAAACUAACAGUCCGUUGUUAAAUGAAUUGCGCCGAACUAUGCUUUUAAGAUAAUUAACUUUAAUCUGUCUUAUCCUUCAUUCUAUUGUUUUCUUUAAAUCUCAUUAUUUUAUUAUUUUUUUUGACCCUCGUAUGCACGUGCGCACCGUGCGUACAUGUAGCUACGUGCCUGCCACAGUAAGAUAUUCACUGUAUUCUUUUUCAGGUAUUUUUCAGUAUGGCUGUUCUCUGGCUAUGGACCAUUGCCACUUUGUUUUAUAUUCUUCAGAGAAGUAUAAUUUUUUUCAUUUUUCGAAACUUAAUGUAGAAUUUUGAAUUGCAAUGUAAUUAAAACGGAUUUUAUCCUUUCCCCCUCCAAAAAAUAUACCCCAACAAGAAACACUAUGAUCGUCUGGGGCUUGCUCUUUUUGCUGAGAAUGGUUUUCAACAAAUAAAUCAACCGACGCAAAUUUCGUUUUGGAUAAACUUUGACUUAAAUAAUCGUUUUGAAUCAAUAUCAAUUACAGACCAAUGAAACGAAUCCCUACCCCCUACCCAGCAAAGGUGAGGGCAAAAAUUCGCACAUACUAGUCAAAGGUAAAUACGGCUAGGACUAGGGUGGGUGAGAGUGUGUACUUAAAAGAAAAGAAGGCGACGAUUACUUUCUUCUGUCAAUCGGUUAUGUAGAGUACGUCCAAAAUCACGAUGGCUAGGUACAUCGCCUAGAGGGUUCCUGGAAUGUUCAAUAUGAUGCAACCACCACAGAAAUACCCAUAUAAUAGCUGUGGUCACUCUACAGACUUUUUACCUGGGAAUCUUGAUUUUUUUAAAGGGAUACUCUAUACCUAAAACGGCAAUUUUACGAAAAGAUAGCUUAUGGCCUUAUUACAAGAUUUUGAUAAAAUAAAAUGUCCAGUUCUUCUGACCGAUUUUUUCCUAGGUAACUUACCUCGGGGUAUUUUAUCGUUUGGGUCUUGGAUCUCGAGAACAAUACAGUUUCCCUUGACAUUCCCCGCCACAAAACGUUUAGAAAAAGUUAACUUAGAAUGCACCGAACCAGAUUUUUUUCUUCAAAGAUGCAAAAAUUUUUAAGAAUUCUUAGAAUUUAUUACUGUUCGAAUCUUCCUUUUAAUGCAAUUAUUUUAUUCUAUUGUUAUUUGUUAAGUUAUAUCCAUAUCUUUAAUCUCUCUCCUUUUUUUACAGGACCUGCUUUGAUAGCAGUUUUUUCUUAAAACUUAUGCAGCAAUCCUGUAUAAAUAUGCUUAAACUAUUAUUAUUAUUAUUGGCAGCUAUUAAACCCAAAGCGAUAGCUAAGGAAAAAUGAAAUACCGAGGUUGCUAGCCAAUAGACGCUCAUCGGCGAAAGUCUUGAUGACAGAACCGGACAUAGCUCACGCUGUGAAAGAAAUUUUGGGGGCGCGAGUCGUCUACGUCUUCGUCUUUUUGCACCUUGCACUUUGAAUUAGCGUAAUAAAUAACAGCGAGAUAAAAAGAAAAAACGUCUCUUUGAUUGGCUAGAUCCCUGAGCAUCUUGCUGUCUUGAAUUUAUGCGCCAAAAAAUUUUGAGUGAAAACCUUGGCAGCCGAUAUCGGUAGUGUGACCUUCCUAGGUAAAACAAAACCCGAGAUGAAUUUACCUCAUUAGAUUUUUGAUGAAUUUGCCCUAGGUUAAUUGGUUGUACCUAGGUACAUUCUGUAGUGUGACCAAAGCUAGUAGCUUGCUUGGGUUUAAAUAUUAACCGAGCCGCACAGCAUAAAGUUUUUAUUAUUUGGACAAUAAUGUCUUUUUCACCACUUUUAACUACUCCUGCAAGUAUUAUUUAAGCAAUGAAUUAAUAUCAUUAAAAACUUUCGUAAAACAUGGAAGCCUGUGCAGAUCAGUUCCCAGUGUUUUCCGAGUGAAUAGUCACCCAAUGUGGGGCUGCUGGCCGAUCUUUUCCAAGUUAAAGUUAACGUAAUUCUGUCUUCGAUUCCGUUCCGAUCAUAAUUACUUUAUUAUGCAUAAUUUUCCAUUGUUCAUGUCUUUACAUUUGCUAUUGUUAUGCAGCAAAUGUUAAAUGUUUUCCCAAAAAUUGAUCGUUUCCGUUUUCUCUUUUGUAAACAGACGUUGGUGUAAUGGGAGUUCCACCUAAGGUGACUUCACUUUUUAUCAAAUUUAUGAAUAGCAAUAAACGUUCAUGAGUUAUUAGGUCUUGUUAAACGGUUCCACAAAUAAGCGUCAAAGAUGUUUGAAAUGACAAAUAACCGGAAGCAGAUCCGACAACUACACCUACGAUUUUGUGAAAUGUUUAAUGAAAAUAAAGUACAGACAAAUGGUACUACGUGUAAAGUGUUUAGUUAAAUUGUUUCCUCUUUUUCUCAUGUAGCUUUAAGUUUUAGUUUGUGAUUUUUGCAUGCGAGUUUGAUAGACAAUGUUUUUUCUUCUGAAAACUGCUGUACGUUCAUGCAAACAUAGAUAAUUAACAAUAAAGUGUUUAAAUACUCAUUCUAUGUUUUUGGUUUAUCAAUAGAAUCUCCAUCACCAUAUGACCAAAGAUGAGAUUGAACAUUUUUUCGGUGUAGAGGAUCAUAACAAAGGUGAUUAUGAUGGUCGGUUGAAGAGAACUAGUUUGUUUUAAGCACUUUAAUAAUCACAUUUUUUUGGCGAGCCAAAAAGCAACAAUCAUGAAGUACGAUUAGCUGACUUACCGAGGUUUUUUUAAAUAUUUUUUAUGAAAUAACAAGUUCGGUUAUUCUACUUAUCACGCAGUGAUCACGAGGAGAUAUUUACCUCUCCUAGAUUUCGACACAAAAGUGUCAUCACUCACUUUCACCACUUAACUGGCGUACAAUCACCUCACGGAUAUCUGAGCGUGUUCAGGGCCAUCCAAGUAAUCGUGCCAUUUCCUUCAGUUAAACCAUCCUUUCUUGGUUAAACAUGUAUACAUAUGUAAACUGCCAAAACUAAAUGCACCAAAGCCAGAUACGAAAACCCUAAAAACCAGCAAGUGGAAAAAAAGGGGGACUAAAAAGAAAAAAUAACAGGUUACUGCAGAAAAGGAACUAACUAUAGGCAAAAGUUACCAUCACAUGACGAGAUAAAAAUUAAACGAAGACUAAAUGUACAACUCAGACCUUCACCUUUAAGUUUCACGUGCAGUAUUAGCUUGGAAGAAAAGACUACAGUUUACUCAAUUUUUCUUUUCUUUAAACAAUUGCUUUUUUUCCCUUUUUUCCCUUUUCGUACAAGUUCCUGAAUAUGAUGUCGCCAGUCCUUACCUGUCCAAUAAUCAGGGAGACUUCGUGUCUUAUUCCCUACAUCCGAGCCCGGUCAGGAGUAAACGAGACGCUGAUCAUUAUGCCGAGAAUUCCUAUUAUAAGUUGGAUACAUUUGGCAAAAAACUUCAUUUGAGAUUAAGACGAAACGAACAUUUGUUGGCUCCAGAUCUGAAGCUAGUGAGACAAAACGGUGACGGCACAACAACUUCGCAUCCAGCACCGCCAAACACUUUUUAUCUGGGACAUGUUGUUACAGAUCCAGGCUCUACAGUCGCACUUAGCAACGAUGGAGGUCUGGUGAGUAAAACCUCUUCAUCUCUUAAGAGGUCUGACUCUUAACCAGUCGUCUUUUAUUUGUCUUUGUUAUUAAUCACUGGAGCGCAAAAUAUUUUACGACGUGAGGAGGAGUUGCUGCGGUUCUGCUAGUGUUCGUUAACUACGAAUGUCGCAGCCGUGUAUGGAUCAUAAAAGACGACCGGUGGAGUCAGUGCCAAGACAUUAAAAGUAACUGUUAGAAAAAUAUCAGUUAAAUUUCAACAAACUUUUAAAUUGUCAGACUGGAUUAGUGAAAACGUCACGCGAUACAUUUCUUCUGCAUCCCCUUCCUGCACAUUUGGCUAAACACGUGACGAGCAGUAGAGAUGCCACGCCCCAUCUUGUGUAUCGAAGAUCUUUCUUUGAAGACAGCGUUGCCUCGUGUAAAACAGGUAAAUUUAAGAAAUUAUUUUUAUUUUUGUCUUCUCUCCUUUUGUUCAAAUGUUUUAUUUUUUCAGCUAAUGUUAGUUUGUGUUCGCAUUUUCGGUACAAAACACAGUGACUCCAAAUGACAGCAUAAGUUUAUUGCAAAUAUUUAGAUAGGAACGAAACGAGUUGUUUCGUCGAUAAAAGCCCUUGCAAUGAAGAUAGGUUAUUAACCGUAGAAUUGUGUCACAAUGCUUUAGCAGUUUCAUCUACCUUUAGGUCCAUUAUCUUAGCUAAUGACUUGCGAUAAUCGAGAGAUAAAAUUACUGCUAUUCAUUUAUCAUAUAAUGGAUGGGUGCAGUUUAAUCGUAGCUAAAACAGCCAACAGUCUUAUUGCUUAUUUCACAGAUGAAGCGGAUAUUCGUUCAAAGAGAUCCAUGGAAACUAAAGACUCUCCGUCUGUGACAGCAAGUACUCCGGUAUUCAAGACUUUGAAAGCAGCGUUACUGUACCCUAAACCUCUAAGACUGAAAUACUCUGACGGGUCCUUAAACAAUACGCUGGGAAGUGUUGAAAACUACCUUUUGGUUGUUGCUAAUAUGGUAUGUAUUGUUUUCCUUUCCCCUUUAGUAGCUUUUUGCAAAAUCAAUCAACUGAUCGUUUGUUGUUUACAAUACAAUAAUGAAAAUAAUAAAACUAAAUUCAAAGUCCAUUAAAUGGGAGUGUUUUAAAUUUUCUUGAAAGAGAAAACAAGUUAGAGCAUUUUUUUUUUUAUCAGUCCCCUGGAUACCGGACACAGGGUCCACAGGAGUUUCGUGUGAAUAAAUGAAUUACUUCCUUUCGCUCUUGCUUAAUUCGUCAAGUGUUGGCAAAUGUUUUUGAAUUGAAUUCUAAAGGACUGUAUCAAAGUUCAGGAAAGAAAAGGAAAGUAGUUGUCUUACCCCAAUGGGAUCUUUAUGAAUCUACUGUAAACGAUUUCUUCGCUUCUUAUCUGACCCAGAUCGACUUUCGCCAUUUUGAAAAUCAAUAACCGCAAGCCAUAUCCUCGCUGGCGCACGGCACGUCGCCCGAAGGGCGAACGAGGUACGAAGUGCCGAGUAAAAAAAUGGACAAGGGAGGAAACAAAUUUGGGGCCGAUUUUCGAAUCCCUCAGACUCAAAUGGUAUUGAAUGAAAUGGCCUGAUUUUACUAACCUGAUCGAGAAUUCUUACCUAUUUGCCAAAUACUGUCGGAAAACGGCAUAAAAAAGCGUUCAAAUUCAUUUUCGGCGACCGAAAUUUACGGCUUCGAGAUAGCACUUUCGUUCGCUGUGCACCACAACAGAUGAUGAUGGAAAUGACGUAGUAAAGUAAAUGUGCUCAAGAUCGGAGCAGUAAAAGGGGAUGGUAAACCUACACGACUUUUACCUCAUGCCAAAAUGCUGUCGUUACAAUAAAGUUUUUUUCCUCUGCUUGGUAGAUUAUGCUCUGGAGGGUUCUACAUUUUCACUGAGCAAAUGUGAUUUUAGCCGCAUGUUUCACACUGGGAGGUCAUGACUCACAUAUCGAUUUACUGUGGUUAUUGUUUCUGGUCGGCAGGAUUUUCCCUCUGAUGCAAGCGCAUUUUCCUUGACCUGUUUUGAAGCGUGAAGCUUUUUACUACUGCUGAAGAAGAGUUCCAAUUUUCUCCAAAGUGCCUUCUGGAUCUGAAUAACUAAGCGAUUUUCUUUAGUCCGUGAAGUAAUGUUUUUCUGCAAUGCUGUAUCACACUGGGCCCAGCUCGUUAAUUUUGUUUGGAGAAUGUUAAAUUAUUACGGAUAGUGAUUUACAGGUCGUGUGUACUCUUCCAAUAAAACUAGACACUGAGUAGAACGGACGUACAAGGCAACUGUAAUAUCAUCGCGACUGCGCCAUUCUUCGGUGGUCCCAACAGUGUUACCUCUUGCGUCCUCGGCUGUGCUUUUGCGACUACUGGGAAGCCUUUGCACAAGCGAAACCUGCUUAAGACAUCGAAGACUUUUGACAUGUACAACAAAUGUUCAAUCUUGAAAAAUCGUCUCUUCAAUUAAAACUUCGCAUAGAUCUCUGAGAUCUUUGAUUCUCGAAUCAGCAGCGGUCUGUUGCUUUUGCGUUUCCGGUCUCAUUCACUUACGUCACCGAGUGAUGCGGUUCACAGCGAACGAAGUCACGUGGUACAAGUUUCCUCCCAAGUUUACGGUUACGGUUACGGUCAGUGCUUCAGUUCUUCUUCUUCUGGUCAUUUUUGCAAAUUAAAAAAUUUGAUAAUUAUGCAGAUUUUAUUUAAGAAAUAAGCUGAAUACCUCUAAGUACUCUUAGCUAAAAGAGAUUUUUUUCUUCACAAAAUAAGAACUUAUUUAAGAACCUAAUACCCUAAAUUUGUGCUUAUUACCGUAUAUAUUUAUGUGAGACGCCUUUUAUGGUAAGUUGGAAAAAUGCAGUUUCUUACCUGCGGGUUUAACUGUAUUCGAUUAUUAUUUUGUUAAGAAUAAACUUUUUACAGUAUGACUGCAGUAAAAACAAUGAUUGUUUUUAGGUGGCUGGCAUGUUUCAAGACCCCUCGAUUGGAGAGAUAAAAAUUACCUAUGUGAUCACCAACGUUACCGAGAUAGAUCCCGCGCAGGUACUAAGAAUAUAAUUGAGCUGGCAGAGGAGGUGUAGUCAUCGGUCAGUCAAGAUAUUAGAGUCACUUCGGUACUGUGUAAUAUAUCUCGACAUUGCAUGUGAUUUGGGUGAUACCUUAACUUUUACCUAAGUUUCCUCUUAAAUUUUAGCACUUUUUAAUUGACAAAUUUAUUAAUAUUGAGCAAUGUAUACAUUUUGAAACGUAAACCAUUUAUAAUAAAUUUUGAGGAAUUUACUUAAAAGUCAGUAACUUUGGACAAUAAUGAAGAGUUUGUGGGACAUAAGACUGACUAUCAUGUAGUUUCAUUCAAAGGGUUUGAAUGUAACAAGAUAUCAAAACUGCAACUUGUGAUUUCAAGUUAAUUUGGUGAUGACGAAAUUAACGCCACACUUGGUAGAUUCUGGUGCUGUUGAAUUUUUCAAUUUUCAGAAGAACUGUCUCCAGAUACCGUUACCAAUGAACACUGUUAAACGACCUCCAUUAUUUUAAAAUCUUUAUUGCAGUAUAAGUUCAAAUUGAGUGAUUCUUCGAUACCGAAGCUGAUGAGUUUAGCGGCCAAAAUUAAAGAAGACAAUAAAGCAUCCAGAGUACCCUACGAUGUCUUUAGUUACGUGUCAAAGUAAGAAUUCUGACGGUUUGUUGAUUUAUGCAAGUUUAUUUGUAUUGGAUUAUUAACAUUUAUAUCUAAUUACAUUUAAACGUUUCUUUACUUUCAGUCAUAUUGAGGGUAUAGGUAAGUCGUAGUAAUUUUUUUAGUUUUCUGAGGGUCGCCGAAACUCUCUCGUGAUGUUAUAUUCUCUAUGCCCUUGAAUUACCGCUAGUUUCAGUUAACGUUAAGGCAAAAUAUUUUCUUUGGAAAUAAAACAAAGCUGUUGAGACUUUCAUCUCAUUGAGGGGCAUAUUGUCAAUAAAGGACAAUGAUGAUUGGUAUUUUAUGAAAAUACUGUCAGAAAACUUGCUCUCAUUUCUUGGAAGACAGUUUUUACAAUACAACACUAUAGUUUUUGAUCUGGUCAGCAUGUUUGAUACAUUCUCUUUUAGAUGUACAUACAAACAGUCAUGCCUGCUUUUUCAUUUUUUUUGCUUCUUGUCAAUAUCAAGUAUGACUAACGUGGACAAAAGAUUGUAAGAGUCAGCAACGCGACUCUCCAAUAAGUAUUGAGGUUGGGAAAUGCGGGUACGGUUGCCAUAAUAGACGUUUAUACGCUCGGAAGAAACCUGUCUUAGUGGAAAGAGUCGCAACACGUUUUUGUAUACGAGCUGGCAGCCGAACCUUGUGAAAGCGAUCAGUUUUUGCCGACCAUUUAAUUCCAUUUAGGUCGCGCCAUUUAUAAUCGGAUCUGUACAGGGCCUACUGGAAAUCUAAAUCAUGACAAGGGUCUUCAAACGGCACUCCACAUUGCCCAUGAAACAGGACACAAGUAAGUAAAUCUGCCCAUUUGAGACCCAUCACUUGGAGAGGUAUCCAUCUCUCACGCGAUCUAGGCUAGAGCAUGCAAUCGGCUGAACACAGUUUUGCGGGCGGUCAGCGGUAACUCGCGUGACCGCGCGUGUUUUUAAUUAGACAAACAAACAUGACGGCGAAAAAGCAAUGAUACACAGAAGACGAUUUCUCAAAAUCUACUCAUUAAAAUUUUGUGAUAUUUGGCAGAAUUUUUACUUUUAUCGUAUUUUAGAUAAUGAAAACUUUAAAAUGGAAGUUGAACAGACGAAUUUCGUGACAAAUUUAAUUAUUACAGUACAAUUAUAUUAUUGAUUAUCUAAAAGUCCGUCUGUUAAAAUUUGAUCAAAUAAGUUUCAAAUGGUAAUGAUUAGUUACAGUAAGCUGUCUACAAGUUUAUAGGAAAAUCUAAUGAGCGAAUUUUAUGUAAACUGAACAAAAGUGAAAUUUUAAGGUUGUAUUCAAUCGUUCAUGUUGCCAUGGAAACUACGAAAACGUCAAAUUUUACCUGUCAAUCACAAUCUUUUAUUAGUAUAUUUUUCACCUGCCAAGUUUCAGCUUGUGAGCUGCAACCUUUCUCUUGCCAUGAUUUGGCAAAUGACAUACACUCACAAACUGCCAAAACUGUGUUCAGCCACCUUAAUUGGUUAAAGAUUCUUGAGGGUAAGAAGAUGUAUUGUCAGAUGUCGGAGUAGCUUUAUUACCUUCAAUGCCCUCAGGGCUUAAAUAGUUUACUUAGUAUAGUUUUACAAUUUUUCGAAUUACUUUUUAUUACAUUUCUAUAUUUCUAUUUUUUUAACAAAUCACAAUAUUAUUUUUGCAUUCAUAUAGCGUUUUCUAGACUUUCUAGUAGUAGGUUCUUGUAUAUUUCUAUAAAGUUAUAUUUUUUAAGCAAUUAUAUUCAUUUGCAAAUAAUCACCUAAUUCAACUUCCAGUUACAAUGUGAUUAUUAAUAAACUAUCUAUUUAUCUAUCUAUCUAUUGGAUUGUAUGGAAGUCUGUUGAGCGAAGAAGGAAUGAUCUGUGUUAUUUAGGCCCCGUUGCUAUGGAGAAAUCUUUCCUCUAGUAGAAGGGUCACCCUCCCAACAGAGUUAGUUUACGCGAGCUUUUAUAUUAGUUAAAAAAAGAUAAAAGUUGGUUCACCCUGGGUAGCUAGGGCAGGCGAGUGACCCACUUCUUCCCCUACCUUCUCCAUAUAAAUGGGGCCUUAGCAGCCGCGCCCCUGGACUUUCCCAUGAUAUAAAUAAUAUUCCCAGGAUAUAAAUAAAGUUUAUUAUUAUUAUUAUUAUGGUCAGUUACCGACAGUUCAACCUACUGAAACUGUGAUCUAGCGUCACUUCGUGUCUAUAUAAGAUCCAUUUUUUAUAUACCAGAUAACCGUAACCUAAAGUUAAAAGCGGUUAAAUUAUGAAAUUUCUGGUGUCCACGCACUUACUGAUUAUUUACCCAUUGACUCGUAGGCUGUGUAGGUCAGGGUAACAAAGAACUGCCGUGAGAUUCAAAUGUUAAUUAUAUAAAAUUCACUAUCAUUAUUUUAUGUUUUGUGUAAUUAACCACCUUUUAUAUAUUUCAUGUUAUAUUUUCGUGGAGUCGUGUAUAUAGAGCCACUCAAACUUCCAUUUGCUAGACUGAGCACCUCUACCUUUGAUAAAUUAUUGUUAAUAAUGACAUGUUUUUUAAAUCAGCUUGGGGCUUGGUCAUGAUGGUGGUUACUGUGGAGGACGCAUAAUGAGCGGUACUAUUCCUGGAGGAGAACACGCAUCAGAGUGGUCCGAAUGCUCUAGGAAGGUUAUUCAACCAUUCCUCUCUAACAGGCAUGUUUAGCAACUAUAACUUGUCUCGUUUACUUCAAUAUUUCAUUGAUACCUCAAUAGACAUCAAUAUAUGUGUCAGUAUGGUAGAGCACGUCCAUCUUCUAUACAUCCAUCCGCGCACCCAGUUACAACACCCACCCAGCCAGUUUUUAAUCACGUGCCCAUCUCUCAACCUAGCCACUCUCCAAUCAACUCAUCCCCUUAUCAAUCCGUUAUAGAGUUUGCUCAAUUUUCUCUCUAUCAGUCAGCCAAGUUACCCGACUCUGUUUUUUACCUUUGAUUCAUACUAAAACUACAUAUUAUUUCCUCAGCAAAAGGUCACAUUGUCUCGAUGAUGGACCCACUGUGGAUGGUCCCUCCCUUCCUCUUGAGUUUCGCGAUAAACUUCCUGGUCAAAUAGUUGAUGGUAAUAGACAGUGUGAAGCACAUUAUGGGAAAGGCUGGAAAAGAUUUGAAACGGUACAACUGACUAGUUUGAUUCUUCAUGUCUUCAAUCAUGCAGAAACUCAUGUUCUCAUGAAUUCUGUCUUGAAAUAUUUCGCUGUAUCAAUCUGUAUUAGAUCAAUUUGACAACGGUACACUCAUCAUAGACUUAAAAUAAAUCAAUUUGUAAUAUCAAUUAAGGCAGCUGUAUAUAAAGUUUCGCAUAAUUAAGCCCUAGUUUCUGCAGUGGACGAAAGGAAGGCCUGUGAACGAGGUUGUGGUAAAUGGAAUCGAGGGAAAGAAGAGGGCGUUAUUAAUAGGCUAAAUGCGGUUGAAGUUGCCUCCAUAGCUGACGAUCACUUCCUCCCUAGCCGAUAAUCACUGCCCCCUAGCUGACGAUCACAGUCUCCCUACCUGACGAUCACAGUCACCCUAGCUGACGAACACCGCCUCCCUAGCUGACGAUCACUGCCUCCCUAGUUGACGAUCACUGCCUCCCUAGUUGACAAUCACCACCUCCCAAGCUGACAAUCACCACCUUCCUAGCUGAGAUCACAGGGAGGAGAGAGUAGAAGAAAAUCUCUUCUCUUGCCACAUCUUCUUUCCUGCUCCCUUUGAAUAAUCCCAACUCCCCAAACUUUUUGGAAAUCAGCACAACAGUUCAAUGUAAUUUAAUUUUGACUAGGGUGAGCGUUGUUUGACGAAUUUUACUCGGUUUUGAUGCGGCUGUCCUCGUUGGAAGAAAUAUUACACAAACAUAAUAAUAAUAAUAAUAAUAAUAACAAUCUUUAUACAGGGAGCUCACUUCACAAAGAGUGAUAUUCAGUGAGGCGCUGUAAAACAAUAGAAAAAUAAAUGAUCUUAGAUAAAUGAGUAUGUAUUAGUAACAAUAAGUAAAACGUUAAGAACUAAAAAGUUAACUAAUAUAAGCUACAGGUUAAAAAUGUUAAAAUGUUAGAUAGAUUAAAAUAUUAAAAGCUAUAAAAUAUCUUAAAAUAUACAGCGUUUUUUUAUGCUCCAGUUAAUAAGAAGAAGAGAGUUAAUUUUUUUAAAAAUAUGCGUCUAAAAAGUUCCAUUCCUUAGGGCAUUGAUAAAAAUAUCUCUGCUUUCCAUAUUUCCUUUAAACGAGAGGAAUCUCAAAAUAUUAAAAUUGUGAUGCGCAAGUCCGUGGAUGUACUUAAAAGUGGUAAUGUAUCUAUUUAAAUGGGGCUCUUGAGAUUAAGUAGGCCAUCCGAGUGUUUUGAGAGCGUCGGUAGAUGAAGCAUAGUUGGGCAAAUCAAGGAUAACUUUGGCAGCCUUAUUUUGUAAGACUUGUUAAUCAUGUAAUAUUAUCUCUGUCUCCACAGAUGGCAAGUAUGUUAUUUUUAUGUUCUUUUAUUUAUGUUACAGCAUCAGUGCGCGCAUUUAAAAUGCAUCAAAGAUUAUACUUUACUGACCAAAUUUGUCGUGGUCGCUGAUGGGACGAAAUGUGGACCUAACGAGGUAGGCCGACCCAUGUUUUAAAUUGUUUUCAUUUGCAUUCUGUAACCAAUUUUCGUACGUUAUUCAGUUUUAUUUCCACACUCAAACGUUAAGCACCAUACUAAGCCACUGGCACAAUGACAUCAUUUUACUUGAUGUAACUAGAAGCCCUUUCGUUUUUCCUUUAUAUUUAAUUUUGGUAAUCCCAGCGAGGUUUAAGUAACAAAAGUAGAUGUACUGCCUCUAAAUCUUUAUUUAUUAUUAUUAUCAUUUUAUUAUUUGCACAAGAAAUCAAAACCCUGAAGGAUUCUGGUCGUAGUAGUUAAAAAAACGUCAUCGUGCAAAUGGCUUAUUGUUUUUUAAAAAAUUAUUUACGUUGAAUUACUUACGGCCCUUUUUAAAAAGUAAAUAAAUAGUUCUUACAUGUCUUAGCACUCGCAUUAUUUACUUUUUUGAGUAACCACAGAAUAAAUCAAAUUAAAUGGCAUUCCCAUUCUUUCUUUCGGAAAUAUCUUUUGGCAGUGGUGUAUAAAAGGAAGAUGUAGCGACCGUGGAAUAGGUUUUCCAACUAUGCCCCCGAAGGGACCUGGUAAAUGGUCCAACUGGGGAAGCUAUUCUGUUUGUAGUGGUGAGUGCGGGAAUGGAUUUCAACAGGUUCAGCAUAGAAGCAGACAGUGCAUCAAGUAAGACUAUUUAUUCUUUACCUUUUUUAACUUUACAAAUCUUUUUUAUUCAACAUCUCAAAAUACAAUCAUCACAAACAGCGCUGAAACAAAAGUUGGUACGUUGUAUCUUCUUUUUCAAACAAGAAUUUUGUGGGGUAAUAACAACAAAUGAAAUCUUUAUUUAAAGUGGAGCACGGAAUAUUGCACUGUUCCAAUUUAAUAUGUGUUUAUUCCGGUACUCACUUUCACGCUUUCAGCUACAUAAUUUGUUUCAUAUAAGUUGUGUGAUUAAACAUUUUCAACUUAAAUAUACGAUCUCUGUCUCACUGGGUUCUUAAUGGACACUAAAAAUAGGAACUACCCCUAAUGCUACUCCUAGGUGCAGAAUAUGUGCCGAUUUGAGCACAACGCUAAAAAAGGUACCAGCGAGGAACAAAAAAACUAAAACUACUGCAUGGUACCGGACUUACAAUUAGCUAUCGGUUGAGUGUGUGUGUUUUGCAUCCAGUUUUCUAUUCUUUUAUUAACUGCAUUUUUGUAACAUUUUGAUCUUCUCUUGCACCCGUUUUGACGAGCUGAGGAGCUAAUUACGGGGAGAAAGCAUUGUCUUCUAUAAUUGAAAGAUUUAAUUAAAAGUUGUUGUUGUUGUUGUUGCAGACCGGUGGCUGAGGCCAGCUGUGAAGGACCAAAUAAGGAAUACAGAACCUGUCAAAUAAAGGUUAUUACGAUGAUACCUGCUCACUACUACGACUACUGCUACUGCACUGGGUUGUGUUUUGUUUUUUUAGUUGCCCAAGUAGCAGAUAUUUAUGAUUAUGUAUUCUAGCACGAAUUACGCACACCAUCAUUCGCCCCUCUGUCCAGUGUUUUAGCAAGAGAAUUCCCAAGAGUAUUCAGUUGUUUUGCAUGAAAUACAAACCCUACUUAGUAGGUAAUUAGUCCAGUCGUAGAUAAUUUGUAUUUCACAUCUAGGGUGAAGCGCCGGGAGAAAGGAUUGAGGUAUAAGGGGAGCGAGAUUUAUUUAUUUCUUUUUUAUUUAUUUAGUCACUCACAAAACCUUAUACAACAUGAACAAAAGUUGUUAAUUAAAUUACAAAAUUAAUGCGACAAGGAAGCCUAACGAAGCUUGAAGCUUAUAUUAAUAGGCUUCCUUCAACUACCUAAUGAACUAAAUUCAUGGCUGAGUGCAGAGUGAGCAAAAUCAGAAAAUUAAACGACAGAUCGGCUAUCAGUGAGAUAUAGAAGGAGAGCUAAUAUAGUGAAAUAAGUAACGAAAUCCAGAUUUUAGGUCCUCUGUAAAGGAUACUGAAUUGCUUUAUAUUUGUUCUACAAAAGUGAGGUCUAUACUGAGAGGCUAGUCGAGUUUCGUAUUGAUGGACUUAAUUACUACUUAAGAACAAGUCAUGAAAGCUACUAGGCAAAAGAUUAUGGUGACAAGAAUACAUAAAAGUAGCGACAGAAAAUGAAUUAAUACUAAAUAUGUCAAGGACUUUAAGCUGGCUAAAUAAAGGGGCGGUAUUUGCCAGAUAGUGAGCUUUAGCUAUGAGACGCUUUUGCAAAAGGUAAAUACAGUUUGGGUUGGAACAGUAGGUGGAGGACCAGGCGACAUUACAGUAUGUUAAGAAAGGAUAUACAAGGGAGUAAUACAAGGUCAACAAAGUUUGGUAUGAUAGGUAAAAGCGGGCUUUCGCAAUAAUUCCCACACUUUUCGAAAUUUUUUAUUGAGACGAAAUCAAUAUGUGGUUUCCAAGAGAGAUGCUGAUCAAUGAGAACACCUAAAAAUUUUGUCUCCAUGACUUGCUUGAUCACAGUAUUUUCCAGAGCAAACAGUAAAGAUUGAGUGAGACUAGAGACAUUAGGAAGAUCAUUAAUGUAAAUAAUAAACACUAGAGGUCCAAGAAUUGAGCCCUGCGGGACGCCACAUAAAAUUUUCCGCGGAUAGGACCGAUGGGACCCAAACUGGACAAAUUGAGUCUGAACCUCAAGAUAGGUUUUGAUCCACGUCAAAGCAGUAUCCCGAAUACCAUAGAGUUGCAGUUUUUGACGCAAUAUUUCAUGAUUAAAGCGGCUAGUUCGUUAACAAACCCUUAAGUUAUUUAAUACUUUAGGUUAGCCUCUCUUCGUAAUCGUUAUGUACUUGCCUUGUUUUAUGUUAGUUUAAAUUCUAUUUACUGUAUAGUAGUGUCUUCACUGUUAUUUAGUCCAUCUAUAUAUAAAUCUUGUUUUGUAAUAUGUCUUCAGCUCCCCCCGCCUCGAUUAGUUUUUAAGCAAAUUGGCGGGUGGGAAGGUAAUGUAAUUAGUUAUUUUCCAAUUUUCAAUAAAAUUUGUUGUUGUUGUUGUUUGUUGUAUUUGUUGCAGUCUGAAAAUUGAAAAGAUAUUUUUUUAAUGAUUUGUAGGUAUGUUCACUUAAUGAUACUGUUACAGCCAGCAAUUUUAGGCAGAAUGCUUGUAGCAAACGAACAGAUGGUUUUAACAUUUACUACCUGCGUAGCCGUAAGUGCGUAUAAUGUUUAACAUAAAUAGUCAAUUUCUAACCUACAUUUGUAUCGAACAGUCAAGUUUGUUUACAAACCGUUUUGUCUCCCUUAAUAUUUUUCAAAUUAAAGUUUGAAACAUUCACAAUCUGUAGUGGGUAUUUUAAAAUAACAAGCUUUCAUGUUCCAGGCUUUAAGCUUAAACUUUGAUGUAUAAUAAUGUACUAACGUAAUAACUAUUAAGAUUUUGACUUGUAACUAACUUGUAACUAGUAUACUUGUAAACAGAUUCACACUUUUUUGUAUUCCUGAAUGAGUUUUUAAAUAAAUAAAGAUUGAUUAAUUGAUUCCUCCAUUGCAUGUCUUUGUAAGUUUCACGCGCCGAAAAUUAUAUCUCCGUUAUAAACAGAAAGACCAGAUACUCACUCCAGUUUGCAUUGUCUUCUUUUUUAGCUUGCCAAAUGUGGUGCCGAAAGGGUUGUUGUCUUGCUAGGCCGGUUGGUCAAAUGCCAGAUGGAACCAUUUGUCGACAAACUGAGACGUAUUCCGCUAUCUGUGUACAAGGAUCUUGCAGAGUGAGUUCAUCAUAUUUUUUCCCAUCAAUCGCCAUUUAUAUGCAAUAUUAUUGGGUUUUCCACAGUCUUAGCUUUACAUCGAAUUUUAGCAAAACAAUAAUUAACACUAAAGAAACAUAGCAAAUGAACAGCAAGUUUUGCUUCACCACAACCCACGUUUCGAUUAAUUUCGAUUAUCUUCACUUGCAAUUUUUUACGAAUGAUGUCGCUGUGAACGGAGUUUCAAUUCAUAGAUACAGUUUAAAAUCAAGUUGUACAUUAUUUAGAAUUAUUGAUAAUAUAAUAGCAAUUUUCUGCGAGGCAAAACGUACCAAGAAAACCAGGUAACGUAAAUUUAAAAUUCUGCUAAGAAUCAACAAAUCACAGGAAAUAAAUGAAUAUCAGUAGCAGGGCAGGCGUUUUUAAAUUGUGUAAGUUUUUUUAAGCUUGUAUUUUAUCCCCGUUUUUUUAAUGCAAUGGUAAUUAAUAAGCAGUUUUAAUUAUUAUUAUUAUUAUUAUUAUUAUUAAGUACCAAAGGAAAUAGAGAACUCUGCAUUUUUAACCUGCUUUUACAGUUUCGGAUUGGAUUUGUCACCUGAUGUAUUAAGUGGCUUUCCUCAAGAACGAAAAAAUAUUCAAUUAUCAUUUUAGUUUUAAAGUUCUUCUUAAUUUAGAGGAGCAACGUUUCCUUCCGUUGUAAUUAAAAUGCAUCCAGCGUAACUGAGCAUUUAUCGAUGAGUCAAGGGGAAAUUAAAAACAAGCUGAAAAGAACUGAAGAAGGGCAAAGUCUUCGGCAUAUGUUAUACUAUGCGUACUCAUGCGCUUAACCGAACUUCGACCAUCUGCAGAUUGUUGGUUGUGAUAACCGAGUGGACAGUAAAAGACGUUUUGAUCGUUGCGGUGUAUGUGGAGGUAAUGCGAGUAACUGCACAAAGGUAUCCAAGGAAUACACCGAUAUCCCGGCAACAAGUGGUAAGCAUAUAAUUCAGUCGUUGUAUGACUUGCGGUAUGAUAUUUCAAGAGACAGUAUAAAAAGUUGGUCACAGAGUAAUCGUCUUCUGUUUGAAAAUUAGUUCGGCUUCCAAACUGUGUCUUUCAAGCUCUCCGGAUUUCUGGUCAAAGAAAGGAAAAAAAUAGCUAAAUAACCUGCUUAACUUCUUUACUACAUUUACUUUACAACAUUUAAAAGUAAACAAAGCAGCAUUAAACUCCUGAAUUUGUAGCAUUAUAAAAGAUUGUGAAAGGCACUGCUAUCGAUACUCCCUCCAUGGGGGAGGAUCUAGGGAGGAAUGGGAAGGUGUUAGUACAAAUGCCUGACUAUGUUGAUCAUAAGCUUUCAUUUGUCUAUGUGAAAGUGUGUGUUACCGAGCGGUUAACGCCUGAAACUCCGAAUCUGGAGGUCCGGGUUUCAUUAGGUAAGAACUUUACUCCACUUUGUCUUUCUUUACCUAGGUGUAUAAAUGGGUACCGGCGACAUACUGCUGGGGGGUAACCCUGCGAUGAAAUAGCAUCCCGUCCAGGGGGGAGUAGCAAUAUUCCUAGGCAUAGUUCUGUCCGUUUAGGCCUUUGGCUCGAGUGUGCCUUUACCUUGCCUUUAGUAAAAACCAUUGCUGUUUAGCUGACAUCUAAAACUGGACGAAAAUGCCAACAGGUUUAAAUCACAGCUUAAAGUUAGGCUAUAUUGAAUGAUUUAAUUUGAUACAUUAUGCAAUCUAUUUGCAAUUAGUUGUUCCAAGACCCGCUCGGGAAAUCUGGUUCGUCCUUAGCUGGCAAACAAUAAAAGAGGAAAAUAUCAGCAUCAAUUGAAGAUACUCUUUUUUAACUCGUUGACGUUAGGUCCUGGUAACGCUUCACCGAUUGUUACACUACUCCCAGGAACUCGAUUUGCUAAAUUUGAAAUGAAAGAAGAGACCACUCAUUAUCUUGGUAAGUACGCUGCGGUAAAUCUGUAAGUAAGUAGUAAAGUAGGGACCGCAUUAUCCUUUUUUGUCACGUUAACAAGGAAAUAUGAUUCAAUUACCCCAACACUGGCUACCUGUACAAUCCCAUAUUAUUUUUAAGCUACUGUUAUUAGUCUAUAAGCACUUAACAGCAAAGUACCUUCUAAUAUUUCUAGUCUCCUAAGUCAUCGAAAGAUCUCUCGGUGAUUACGUUCCAGUGGCCGUGAACUGCUCACUGUACCACUUGCUAAACUUAAGAGUUAUGGAGACCGGGCGUUCAGCACUGCUGCACCAAGGCUAUGGAAUAACUUGCCUCUCACUAUUCUCUCAAUUGCUAUUUUGUAAAAAAAACAUUUGCAGACUUAUCUUUUUGAAGAAGGCUAUCACAUGUAACUUUUAUUUCUAGUACCCGUAUUUACAUUUUAAUUAUCUGUAAAUUUAUCUUAAAGUAUAUUUUUAGAUUUAAAAUUUUUAAUUUUAAUUUAUUGUACUUGUAUUAAUAUUUUAAAGCUUUGUAAUUAUUUCAUCUCGGUAUGUUUUUAGCUUUUAGUUUAGCUGAAUAGCUCUAUAUUUAUUCUUAUUAUUGUUAUAUUUAUUUAUUUUAUUUUUUUUGCUGUGGUGGAAUUUCAUACUGACUUGCAGUAAACUUUACUUCAACUUCGAUGACGCCGUAAAACAUCUGUGUUUAUCUCCUGAGUAAAAUGAGAUGUAUGUUCUAUUUUUUUUUAUGGUUUGACAGGUUUUCUACUUAACUUUAGUAAGCUUUUAGGGGUCAUGUCCUUAUUUGGUCAGCAACAGGGAUCUUUUUUGCGUGAGCUUGUGCACUAAGACUUGAUAAAGAGCACGCAACCAGUGAUAGCGACCGUGGUGCAUUGUCAUAGGAACCAAAUUCUUCACUUUGAAAGCGUGCUUGAGAUUCAAAUGGUAGCAGGAACUUAGGAAAGACUUUUGUUGUACAAAAUAAGUAAAGAUCCGGUGAUUUAAAGUGGAGAUUGAUGCGCGGAACGAGGUGAAAGAGCACGUUUCUCAAGGAUGUCUGACACGAACAUGGCUGCUUGUUGUUGUUUGGCGCUCGACUCGUGUCUUGAUUCCCCUUCAAGAACCGCAAAGUUUGGCAUAGAAUGCAUUGCUGAUGGGUAGAUAUUGAGCAAAAUGUUCUUUAUUUGUUGUUUGUCUAUAAAUCGGAUGUAAAUUAGUAUCUCGAUGCCGUUCAGAGGAUUUCUGUCAAUAAUGUUUGGAUAGCUGAUUUAGCCAUAUUUGGGGAGUGGAUUAAUAACGAUCAGCAAGCGACCACCACGGUGUUAUCAUUUGGAAUAGAAAGAUGUUCGUUGAAGUAUUUUAGCGAUACAAAGUUUGUUUGUCGGAAAAUUGUAGAAGUUCUUUGUCACGCAUCUUGUAGAGGAAUUUGCUUUUAAACAGGACUUAAGUGCUCAAUUUUUAACUUUUGGUCGGCAUCACAUGUUUACUGUACUUCUUGGGAAACCUAACCGUUUCUUUCAUCAAAAUCAAAAGAUUAAACUUCAAUUUCGGUCCUAUUGAAUGCAGUCUUGACUGUGACUCAUUGAUAUUACUACCACCAACAUCUCACCAGGUGACUAAUCUACGUCUCCUGUGCUCUUAAUUUUGUAGCUUAAAUUGCUGGGAAAAUUGUAGAACAUAUAUUAAUUCACUGCUGAACUGAACACCGGCAACCCGCUCGCUGAAAUUUGCAAUGAUAUUUUUUUAAUAUGUGAGUUCCUUUCCCAUUUCAAAACAAAGAAAAUUGAAAGUGUUUACUCACAUCAACAAACGUUUCGGCACUUUGUCUAUACUUUGAUGAGGUCAGCGCAAUCCUAUAAGCACUACAUAUACGCGCGCCGUUGUCCAGGUCAAGUGGGGAGAUGAAAUUUGGUAGUAGCUCGUGGUAUGUACUUCGCUUUUGUGGAGACCAUUUUAGAGGUUUUUUUUUUUGCAAACUACACAUUUUGUACCCUGGCUCCAGAGGUCCGUUCUCAAAAUACUCGCGCCUCGUUGACGCCGCUUCGCCGCGAACCAUCAGUAUCGAUAAGAACAUAGCUUCAGUUUGCAGAAAGUAUUCUUAUUUUUGUAUUAACCACAAUCUAAUAGAGAGAUUAAGUUUCCCGUUUACGCCAAACGGCAAACGUCAGAUUCAAGUAAAGAAUUUCUCAGGAUAGAAAAUAAGUAGAUAAAAACUGUCCAGAACAAUUCUUAUGUAUAAAACUGCCGUGAAACUACUUAUUUUUAGUUGAAGUAAUAGCAGUUAACGACAAUUAAGGGAAAAACUUGGUCACGUGGUACAAAUUCACGUGGCUUCCUGUCAAGUAGGGAGCUCUGCGAACGACCACCUUUACAACACCCCAUAAAGCUCUGUACGCUUACAAUACUAUAAUGUGCCAUUUUACGGAUAUACGUGAACACAUGUACCGAAUUCCUCUAUUUAUCGACGCUGACAAAUUACCAUUUAUGUAUUAUAAAACUGUAGCUAGUCUAAUGCGUCCGAUGUUAACAACAACAAUUCCCCACCAAAUUUCUUAAAUUUAUUUGAAAAAACCUCAUACAGUGCACGAUCAUCUACUGCUGGUAACUUUCACGUUAAAUUCACGAAGCUGGAAAUACAGUACACAAAAACUCCUCGUCGCGUUUUGGCGUAAAACUUUGCAAUAAUAUACCUUCUCAUAUUAGCGAUCCUUUUAAAAAGGAAUUUACGAAAGUUCUUCUCGGAUCGCCUUCCGUUAUCUUAAAAAGAGAAGAUGACUAUUGAGACGCCAUUGAUAUUAUUGAAAAAGUUGGAUUAACAGUUAAGUGAUUUCUGCAUAAAAUUAAAUGCUUUCUUCUCUCCGUCAAUUCCUUUUUGGUUUUUCCUUAGAUGUAAUGUAAUUAAAAUAAAACCAUGAUAGAAAUAAGAAUUAUUGUAACUUAAAAUAUUUUUCUUCCUUUCCUUUCCAUUCAGUUUAUUUUUUCUUUUAACUGGGCCGCCUAGGUUAGCAAUUGCUAUUUUACGGGCCAGCCUAUUGUAAUUACUUUUUUUAGUAAAUAAAGUUGAAGUUGAAGUUGAAGUUGAAGCGCUUUUGUGUGAUGGGUAAAAACAAUUUGUGAGAUACACCGCGUGUGGAUGCGUACUGUUAUGAAUACGGAAACAAAAAAAACCUUGUCAAAACUUUCCAGGAACUUGUGGACAAGGUCUAAAGUGGACAGUGUAAAAGAGGAAACAUUACAACAGUAAAAUGUAGUACUGAGUGCGUUUACAUUUAACCAUAAAAGGAUCAUUUAAUAGGGUGGUGCUGUUUUUGCUUUACAUACAACGUCUAACGUGAGUGGUGCAAGCACUUGUAAGCGGCCAUAUGUAACUUUUUAUGUUGGCUUAAAAGUCGCUUAAAACGGGAACUGUAGAAGUAAGCUGUUAGCUUGAGUUGAGAAAGCUUUAUAUCCUUCCCUGUGGGGCUCUCUGCGGCGUUCUGCAACGACAGCGUCGGCUCUAAGGAACACGUGCCCAUAGCAAUUUUAGCAAAGUCCGUGGAAACCUGUUUUUCGAUAACCUAUAAUUACGGAUUCGAAAGUUACUUACCGUUGUCGAUGUUGUUGUUUCCAGGUGUACAGGAUGCUUCUGGAACAUAUUUGGUUGGCGGGCAUUUGGGCGAUAAUCAAGUCAAAGAGGCCUCUGGCGCAAAGAUACGAUACUUCCACAAACGCAGAGGCAAGAGCAAGGACAUCGUUCACAUAACGGGAUCAACGAACGCCAACUUGACGGUAAUGGUAAGUAAUACAGGAGUUACUGAAACAAGAAUUUGAAAAUGCAGGUAUUUGUUACAAGUCAAACAACUGUCAAAGUGAGUGGUUUCAUCUGAAGAACUAAGUACACACAAAGUAUGAAGGAAGGUUUCGUUUUAGCAGUUCCACUUUUGUCAAGCAUUAGCAUUAUUAGCUACAUUCGCUCUUAAGCUGAUGUUUCUUUAGUAUGAUUUGUGCUUAAUGUAAAAGUUAGCACCUGUCGUCACAAAAAAACCGCUGCUUUUAAGGUGACUCGACCCAGUUUUUUUGGGGGGUACCAUCCUACUUUGAAGCUCUCUGGUAUCCCCACCUUUACUUUUACCGUAAGCAUAACACAUAGAAUGGAUAACAUAUAGAUCAAUCUACAAUAUAGCAUAAAAUUUUUGGCGAUCGGAGUAAAUGUCACGUGGUUAUAAUGCCACGUCCCUUUGAGGUCUGAGUCGAAAAUCUGCUGUUGCCGGCAUUUUUUCGUGAAAAUCUCUCGGCUACACAUAGUGCGCAUUAGUGCCUUGCGCUGAACAGAGUUUCACCAAAAUCGCAAAGACCCAAUUCGAGAAAUUCAGCGGUUUCCAAAUUUAGGUCCUAAUUUGGCUGAGUUUGUGCUUUGGGAGUUGUCUAUUGUUUCUAGUCUGUCAUUAUACAGCAUUCUUGUUCAGCACGUGUGCAAUGACCGCGCUUGGCUGACUUCCGAAUAUGAUAAUUUUGGUACAGUGAGACAGGCCAUCGCGUGAUACAUAGAGGUUUAACUCACAAUUUUUAAUCAAUUCUCGUGCUUCUUGUGCCUUUGCAAAAAAAUCAAGAAGUGCUACACACUAAAUCUACUUACUAUUAAAAAAAUAUCAUUUUUUCAUAGGUUUAAUGCAAGCCAAUAAUUAAACCAACUCGUGACGGGAAUCCCUUCUAUUUUCUUAUACUAAAUUAUCAUAUCUCGGUGAGCAUUCGGAAGUCAGCCAAGCGUGGUCAUUGCACGCGUGCUGAACAAGAAUGCUGUAUAAUGACAGACUAGAAACAAUAGACAACUCCCAAAGCACAAACUCAGCCAAAACGCUAAAAAUCUUCAAUGUUUACUCAAGUUUGGGCUUAUAGAAGGUAAUGUCACAGUUUUUCAAUGACCAUGAAAUUCAGAGUCCGGGUAGUUAGUUAAUCAAUUGUGGCCCUGAAAAAAUUUGAAGGAAAAAAAACUACGAAUUUUUAAGAAAAUGCUUUUUUCGUGAGAUUGACUCUUAAACGCUGACAAACGUCAACAAAUAGCGAAAACUAUAAUUUCUAUAUGUUUGCUUUGCUCGGAUUCGCGCGCAUUUACGAGGCCCUAAAGCGUUUUGCUGACUUGCAAGGACCUAUCUGUUAUAAGGAUACCCAAAAUACAGAGAUGAAUCUCGUAGUUCAUUAGAUAUAAUCCGUGUAAAGUUUGCUUAUCAUUUUCGCAUAAAUUAUGACCUAAAUUUGGAAACCGCUGAAUUUCUCGAAUUGGGUCUUUGCGAUUUUGGUGAAACUCUGUUCAGCGCAAGGCACUAAUGCGCACUAUGUGUAGCCGAGAGAUUUUCACGAAAAAAUGCUGGCAAAAGCAGAUUUUCGACUCAGACCUCAAAGGGGCGUGGCAUUAUAACCACGUGACAUUUACUCCAAUCGCCAAAAAUUUUAUGUUAUAUUGUAGAUUGAUCUAUACGUUAUCCAUUCUAUGUGUUAUACUUACGAUAAAAGUAAAGGUGGGGAUACCAGAGAGCUUCAAAGUAGGAUGGUACCCCCUAAAAAAAACUGGGUCGAGUCACCUUAAACCUGAAGGAAGAAAUAACAGGCAGAAUUAUUUUUCCAAAGGAGAGAAUAACGGAAUAAUAUUUAAGUUACAUUUUCAGGGAACAGAGAAGCUUUUGAGCGAUUUUCAAUGCUCAAAUUAAAUUUAAGCAAUAAACCAUGUUAUUUUUUCAGUUCAUAAGAAAUGACUAUCAGUCCAUUAAUCCAGGAGUGAAAUACACCCUUAUCACACUCUCUCUGCUGGCGGUUGGAAUGCCUCAGCCUGGAAUGCCCCAGCCUGGAAUGCCCCAGCCUGGGUUGCCUGUUGAGUUUGAUUGGAUUAAUGAGAAUUGGUCAGGCUGUUCCAAAUCUUGUGCAUCAGGUAAUUAUCCAGUUCAAUUAACCCAACUUCUUUUGUUAACUAUAUCCUGUAUCUGGCCUGCGCCACAGACGACAGUUAACCUCUGGUUAAGUCCGUCUACGAAACAGCGCCGAAAUCCUUGUUCUAGGUCCGUACCUGUGUACCACGAUUUGAGUACACGCCAUGAUUGGACUGUUAAAAAUGCCAUUGUCAAUUUGCCAAUCAGGUUGAAGGGAAAUUCGAAACGCAUUUCCGGCAAUUAAUAAAGUCUGUUGAGUACACUGAACAAGGACAUCGCCGCUGCUUCGCAGACUUUGCUAAUCGGGGUUAAAUUACUUCUAGGACGCAGCUCAGGCUAUACUGUAUCACGGCUACUCGAGCCGGCUAAAACCUGUACUUUUGUUCUUUAGAUUUAGCUCACGGACGGAUACCUGUCCAGUAACAUACCCCGGGACUGAAUAACCUCUUGAUGAAACUUGUUAUACUGACUUAUUCACAAAUUAUUGCUUGUUAUACUGACUUACGGUUCUGGGCCCGGUUGCAUAAAAAAUGCACUUAAGUGCCCACUUAAGUACGUCACUUACGAAUCCGUUAUGGGUACACUUACGGGUGUUGCAUGGAACACGCUUAGCACUCUCGUAAGUUUCUGUUUUACGUGGUAACUUACGGGCUCACUUAAGGGCAUACGUAACUUUGAUAUAGUACUUUUAAUUAUUAAUUUGACUCGCAUUAUUUUUUUUAAUUAAGUUAACCAUCGGUGAGUGUAAAGAAAGUGUCAAGUCGUUUCGAACACCUUUGAGCGUCUCAUUCAAAUAACGUUUACAUGACAUCGUUAUUUUACUUCAAUAUCCACUGGAAAUGUUUGUUGUCCUUCUUUUUUCUUAACGACGGCUUUAAACUGUACAUCAGAGGUUAAUAAAGCGCAUUACAACGGAAUUACGUAAAGAAAAAACAUUUUUUUUGUUCACUUCUCAGUCAAAGAUCUCGUUAACUUUGGUAAAAACAGUAAGGAUACGGGACCUACAUAGGUCUCGUAAAUUUACGUGCUAUUUUUCCCGUAAAAAAAGUUUUAUGCAACACCCGUAAUUUCUGUUGCAUAAAGGACACUUAAGUGAACACUUACGAAAAUCGUAAGUGCAACCACUUAAGUGAAUUCCCUAAGUGGACCACUUACGAGUGCUCGUACGUAUACCUGUAGUUGUUACGGGCGUUUUAUGCAACCGGGCCCUGGAACAUGUAAAUAACAACUGCACAAUGAUAUCUGGCCUACCUUUACCAGUGAGGCUAAUUAAUAAUAAUUAUAAUAAUAAUCCCUUGGCCAUGCACUGGUACUCGAUCAAUACAUCUAUCAUGAUCCAGAGCUUAAGGACAAGCACACCAGGUGUUAAGCAAGUAUGGCUAGCCGACUACUCUGCGGGGGGUGGACAAAUUGUGCCGUUGUGUAACUGGUACAAUCACCUGUGUCAGGAAGGAAAGAAGUUUGGUUAUCUAGUGAAUGGAUCAAAGAGCUGGCUGAUUGUCAAGUCGGACGUACUUGCAGAUGAGGCAAAGAGGGUGUUUGGAGAUGAGGUCAAUGUUACAACUGAAGGUCUGCGCCACUUAGGGGCCGUCAUCGGAAUCAAAAGAGUUCAAAUAUCAAUAUUUUCGGAAAAAAUCCUUAGAUGGAAAGGAGAACUCGAGGCACUAUCUGAGAUAGCAAGGAGCCAGCCUCAUGAAGCCUAUACCGUUUUCUCGAAGGGUUACAAAUCCAAGUUUACCUAUUUCAUGCGCACAGUGUACAUAGCUUUUUUGCAGUGGGCUCGGACAUCAGCACACUAAGGGCGCCGAUGGCAGCCGCUAUCAGUCCAUUUCUGAGCCCACUGAACCCUCCCAACCCAUGAUGAGUGAUGAUGUAAGUGAUGAAGAUAGACCACAACACCGGGAACUACGUCCCCUACUCUUUUCGAAUAGUGUGUGGGUUCUUUAACGUCCGACAGAGUUAUAUGUGAACAAGGUUUGUGAGACGGGACCUCCGGUUUAUCGUCCUUAUCCGAGAAGACUUGAAAGUCUAAUCAUUUGCAGAUGUCAUUACAAAGACAGCACUUUCUCCUCAGUUAUUUCUAAGACCCUGAGUGUUGGUCCGGCCAGGAUUCGAACUCGCGACCUCCCGCUCAGCAGACCGGCGCUCUCUCAACUGAGCCUAUCCAAGAGGAGAUCGACGACUUACUUCUCCCAACACUAUUCGGUCAAACGGAGCCCCUCCCUAGUGAUCUGCGUCAGCUCGCUACUUUGACACUCGCUCAAGUAGGGCUAGACGUACCCGACUUGCGGUUUGAAGCUCCACAGCUGUUUGCUGCUUCUACGUUUAUAACGCUACCGCACGUAGAUUCUAUUACCACGCAGAGCAUGUUCACGGUGGCAGAUAUCACUAAUGACUCCACUAACUGUUUGUGAACAUAGUAUGGUGCGAGGUUGCACAGUUUCCGGAGAACAGCCAAUGCUGCAUAACAGGAUGAAAGAAGUGCAGUCACGUGGUCAGCCACGUUAGAUGUUCGUCCAUGUGGACCCCCUGUAUCUUAGCUGUGGUCACACGCUCUAGUAGCUUCCUAUUGCAGCUCACAGCUGGAUAAUAAUUGAGUAACGCGUGAGCUCGAGACAUCUGGCGGGUGGAAACAAGCAUCCACUUUGCUUUAGCUUUAUUCAAUGCGAGGUUUGAUUCAGAUGAGUAGUCCCCCAAACGUGAAAUUGCAUUUAUGUCAUCAAAAUUUUAGUCGAUGAUAGCGGAAUGUAAAUUGGUCAUAUGAUGACUGCCGCUUAAAAGCUAGCCAGGCGUGUGUCCGCUAAUUUUAGAGAGUCAAUAAUGGCGUGAGCUUGUAAAGUAGUGUUUUGGAUCUUUUAAUAUUUUUAUUUCAUCAAAACUGUUUUUGUCUUUAUUUUUAACGUUAGUACUGUUUCUCUUCUUUACUUCUCAACAAUACUUGCCAACAUGCAUGGAGCUAUAUAUUGCCACAUUUACCAUAUCCAAGUUUUGUUUAGGAAUCAGAACACGAACCCGAUGGUGCGUUGUUAAAGAUGACCGAAGUCCGGUUGAUGCAUCCGCAUGUGGCGGACCCCCCGAAGAAACUGAAUCAUGCAAUACUCGACCUUGUCCAGCAAAGUAAGUUUUUUCCCAAAGCCAUGGGAUAUAUCACGUGAUAAAUUUUAAAAAUGUUCUUAACUACAUUCUUUACUCUUACUCGGUCGUCAUACUAGUUACAUAUUCGUUCAUGGAUCAUUUUCGUAUAUUUUAGGUGGGUCAUGAAGUGGACACCUUGUUCAAAAACCUGUGGCAAAGGCAAGCAAGUGCAUACCACAACGUGCCUUCAACGAGUUAACGAAACUUCACUCAGAGAAAAUGACACAUGUAAAGAUCCAAGACCCAACCCACCCCCCGUCCUUGUUCGGUUCUGCAAUGAAUACCCAUGCCCUCCGCAAUGGAUUGUGGGAAACUGGUCAAAGGUAAACUUCUUGCUUUAAUGGAAAUUUUAUCUUCCUAAAUUUAUUUAACAGGUAAGUAUCGUCAGUGCAGCAGCUUCUCUGAUUCUAAAUUUCUCGUGUUAAAUGAAUUGAACAGGGUCAGAUCCUGUGAUAGAAAGCAGAAUAAUUGUAAUGAGCAAUUGUUACAAAAAUGAUGAAGGUUGCCAGUAAUAAGUAGACAUUUGAGGGACCCCCGUCAAAAAACAUACAAACAAACAAAGGUCCAAUUUUAAGAAAAUAUGCAGGAAAAAAUGAUGGCAUGAUGACUGGCGUGGUGUUCACUGCUUGUGUUGUUCCUUUGCAGUGUCCUCUGAAGUGCGGAGUUGCGACGAUACAGCGAAGUGUCUCUUGCUCUCGAGUCGAUGAAGCUGGGAAUUUGACUGUCAUAGCGGAUGUAUUUUGUCGGUACCUUGAUAAACCUGUUUCAAAAGCCAAGUGCAAUGAGGAUGCUCCUUGCCCUCCGCAAUGGAUUGUGGGAAACUGGUCAAAGGUAAACUUCUUGCUUUAAUGGAAAUUUUAUCUUCCUAAAUUUAUUUAACAGGUAAGUAUCGUCAGUGCAGCAGCUUCUCUGAUUCUAAAUUUCUCGUGUUAAAUGAAUUGAACAGGGUCAGAUCCUGUGAUAGAAAGCAGAAUAAUUGUAAUGAGCAAUUGUUACAAAAAUGAUGAAGGUUGCCAGUAAUAAGUAGACAUUUGAGGGACCCCCGUCAAAAAACAUACAAACAAACAAAGGUCCAAUUUUAAGAAAAUAUGCAGGAAAAAAUGAUGGCAUGAUGACUGGCGUGGUGUUCACUGCUUGUGUUGUUCCUUUGCAGUGUCCUCUGAAGUGCGGAGUUGCGACGAUACAGCGAAGUGUCUCUUGCUCUCGAGUCGAUGAAGCUGGGAAUUUGACUGUCAUAGCGGAUGUAUUUUGUCGGUACCUUGAUAAACCUGUUUCAAAAGCCAAGUGCAAUGAGGAUGCUCCUUGCGGACGUGAGUCACCGACAGUUUACCCUCGUUUAGUUUGUAUUAAGACUUCGCAAUAGUCCAAUCAGUCUCCCUGAGAACGCCUACUUAUGUAGGAGGUUUACAAAGCGCGCGGGCCGAACCCUUAUCGGUAAUUUUGUAUCAAUUACCUCUACAUAUGUAAUGAAUGUUUGUAGUUUGACAAAUUGUCCUUGAGUGCACAUGUGCUAGAAGUGUUAAUUGUCUAUUAUGUAUUAUACAUCUAUCAUUUUCACUUGCCUUUUUCCCAUGUAGCAAGACCGCCUACUUAUCCUCUUAACGUCCAAAACUUCUGUCAACUAUUCUUUGCUUGCCCAGUCAUGUAAAACACCUGACGCUUGCGAUAAUCCUGAAAUGUAAAUUUAUUGUUUCCCGGCUAAUAAAAUAGACUGAGAGGCUACUGAUUAAUGUAAAAUGCUUGAAAAAUAUUAUCGUCUUCUUGACUUUAGGUGCUUGUAUGGCAAACCCAUGUCUAAAUGGCGGCAAUUGCACUGAUAACGGUGCGCAUGACAAAUACACUUGCAUAUGCACAGAUGGAUACCUAGGAAAACAGUGCCAAGGUAAAAAGUUAAAAAAAUGUUAACAAAAUAUAACUGAAUAGAUAAAAUAAACAACUGGAAUGUACACUCAAGUGAUCAGACAAGGUGCAGGCGAAAAACCAUUAUUUACCACAUUUCCAGGUUAAUUGAUCACAACGCGGUCAAUAAAGUACAGUUCAGUCUUUCACGAUUUUGAACUUGAACUUGAACUUGAACUUUAUUUUUAUUUAAACACGGUAAAUCUAUCAGAUAAAAUAAUAAUAAGAAGAAAAAUUACAAUCUACUUUAAUCUAUAUAAACAUGAUCUAAAAAUUUAAAUAGUAAAAAUAGAGAAAAUAAAGAAAUUCUGCUUUACAUAGAUGCCGUGUGCGUUUUAUCGAUUCAGUCAAAGAAAUCGCGACAACCAUUUCGAAAAGAUUUAAGUGAUUUUGCUUGCUGCAAUUCAGGGGACAAGCUGUUCCAGAUAACCGCACCAUUAUAGCUAAAGCUAUUUUUCAAGAAAUUGGUGCGGGGCAAUGGAACAGCUAGUUUGUUUUCAGAGUUCCUUAAAUUAUAAGGUGGAUUAUAUUUAGUGAAAAGAGAACCAAGAUAGUCGGGCGCAAGACCAUGUAUAGAUUUAUAGACCAUGGUGGCCACUUGUAUUUGUCGCUGAGUAUCCAACCAUUUCCAGUUGAGUUGCUCAAGAAGAGGAUCAGCGCUUGUGUCAUAACUGGAGAAGGUUAGAAUACGGGCAGCCCGGUUUUGUAAAUUUUGGAGCUUAUUCGAAAGACUUUUGUUACAAUGCCCCCAGACCUCGCUGCAGUAAUUAAAGUACGGUUGAACUAAGGCAUUGAAAACGGACUCCAGCGUGGUUCGAUUAACAAAAGGCCUACAACGUUUAAUUGCUCCAAUGCCCGAUGCGAUUUUCUUGGCUAUUUUUUCAAUGUGCAUAUUCCAUGAAAGGUUUCGUCUAUAUGCACACCCAGAGAUUUAACCGAGCUAACUUGUUUAAUUAUGUCACCACCUAUGAUUAGUUUAGGGGAAGUAUCGUAAGUACCUAAGUUUUAGUCUUUCACGAUUUUAGAAUCAGCUAAAAGCCACUAAGUGUCAUGAAUUUAUUUUACCAGUCAAUCAAAGCCCCUGAUAAACUUUUGGCCCUCGACUAACUAAUCGAGAAAAAAUUAGUCACGUAUAUAGAGUAAUACUUAAAGUAAUAUAGUAUAUACAUUAAUUAUUAAAUGAUAUAUACCUCUUAUUAGCCGAGUUUUCGGUCGGUACUGUAAUUAUAAAUUACGGACCGAGUUUUUUUCUAUCGAUUUAUGGCCCAAGCGCGAAGCGCGCGGGCCAUAAAUUGAUGGAAAAAACGAGGAUCCGUAAUUUACAGUAUAGACCGAAAAAACGAGGCUAAUAAGAUGUUUAUCAUAUGACUUCUUCCUGUUUGGGGGACCGGAAACAAGUGCAGGACGCACGAUUUGACAGUCAUUUGACAGGCGUCAAAAAAGAAAGUUUUUAUUGGCGCACGAAAACAAUAGCACAUAACAAAGGCUUUCCGAGAAAGUGAAAAACAAAUUCGCCAUGUCAGUGAAAAAGUUUAUUCGGUAAAAACUAAGAGCACUGCAAGUUUUAGCUCUUUAAUGUAACGCUGGAGUAUUUUGGAAACCGGACAAUGUGUCAGUCUAGAACUCUUUUCCAUCUUUCCUCCGUUUGUCCUUGUAAAAAAAAACAUUGCUAAAGGCAAAGAAGCUUUUCAAGGUAAGUUUGUUGUCAUUGUCGAAGGAUUUUCUCGUUAAUUGUUUUUGGGAAAACCUCUCCUUCUGCCAGUUCAUUCUCGUCUUCAAUUGUGAUCUGCGUUUUAAAAUUUUCAAACGCUGACUAGAAUUCUCUUCCUCGGUAAGGUUACGAUUCAGUUUCUACAUCAGCUUCGUUCUCAUUAAAACAAAGCUACACGUUAAAAUUUGGAAAGGCAAAGUCAACAUCCCAGUCCUCAGGGUUUACAGACAUAUUUUAAAGUUUAUUCGGUCAAAACUAAGAGCACUGUAAGUAUUCACUCGUUAAUGUGACGCUGGAGUCUUUUGAAAACCGGACAUUGUGUCUGGCUCGAACUCGCUUUUAUCUUUCUCUCGUUGGUCUUUGAAAAAACACAGCAAAUGGCAAAGAAGCUUGUCAAGAUGAUCGGUUAUCAUAUUUGUCGAAGGAAUUACUCAUUUCUCUUAGGCAAAACUUCUCGAAUCUCUGCCAGUCGAUUUUCGUCUUCUUAUCUGUGUACUACGAUAAAAUUUUCAAACACUGACUAGAAUCCUCUUCGAUAAGACUACGAGUUAGUUUCUUCAUCGCCUUUGUUCACAAAUAAACACAGUUUAAAACUGUUGAGGGCCAAAGUCAACAUCCAAGUCCUAAAGGUUAACGGGCGUCUUAUAGCUUUAUUUAAACCCUUUUUCCGAGGAAAAAAGAUUUAGAGCUCCGAAAUGAGCAUUUUCUUUAAAAAUUUUGGUCCGUAUAGCAACUUACGGACCGCAAAUUGACCAAUCGCAUGGCGAAAACAGACUGGGCCAUAUAAUAAAAGAUAAAACAGACAAUAAAACUAUAAACAUGGACAAGUAUAGGUGCAUGAGGCUAGUAACUACAUAAAUAGGAAUAAAAAGACUAAAAAUCACAUGAAAUGACGGAUGCUACAUGUACUUGUCUUGAAAAGAACGGAAACGCCUGUACAAUCUUUAUUCAAAAAAAAUGCCAUCUAUUAAGCCAGACGUUCUAAACUUCCCAUGCACGUUAUUUGAGAGUUUGCUUGGAGUAACUAUAAAAGAAUGGACUGACUCCCUUUCUCUCACAUAGUACGAUGUAAUAAAACUAAGGGGCACUCUCCGAGUUCUUCUGCUGUAAUGCUCACUGUUGAGCCUUAGCCUAUGUAUGUGCACAUUAUACUGGAUAGCUUUCUGUGCUGAAACUGACGAAAAGCUCGAUCCAGUGUAGUGUGAACACCUAUCCGACAUAUGGCUCUACACGUGAUAGAUUAACAGCGUGUUGUAGUGAAAGGAGAGGCUUCCGACUGGUUAACCGUAACCUCUGGUGUCCCACAAGGUUCUUUGUUGGGACCAUUAUUCUUCAUAGUCUAUAUCAACGAUUUACCGGCGGUAAUUAGUAAGGACAGUUCAAUUGCUUUGCAUGCUGGUGACAAUAAAAUGUAUAGGGUUAUUAUUACUCAAGAAGAUCUGUCCGCUUUUCAAAGUGACAUGGAUAAAAUUUCAGAUUGGUGUAAGAUGAAUAAGAUCAGAAUUAAUACCAAGAAAUGUAAGAUCAUGCCAAUAACCAGGAAAAAGUCACCAAUAGUUGGGGAUUAUAAUAUUGAAGGUCAACCUUUGGAAAGUGUUAAUGUGUAUAAAGAUUUAGGAUUAUUUACUGCUAGUAAUCUUUCAUGGAACCAACACGUAGAUAAAAUAAUUGCUAAGGCUAAUAGGGUUUUAGGGUUGGUUAAGAGAACUUGUAGGGACUUAAAGGAUAUUGAUACCAUGAACACACUUUAUUGUAGUCUUGUGAGAACUUUAUUAGAAUAUUCAUGCGAAAAUUGGAACCCUCGUACUAAACGUAACAUUGAUAAAUUGGACGCUGUUCAGCGAAGAGCUACCAGAUGGAUCAAUAGGUCUGAUGAUGAUUAUGAUACUAGACUAUCUAAGCUAAAAUUGUUGUCAUUAUCUAAUAGGAGGUUCACUAGAGAUGUUACAUUUUUUAAAUGUAAUUAAUGGACAUUAUGAUAUUGACAUUUCAAAUAAGCUCAUAUUUUGUAAGGACAGAAAUACAGGUUAUAACUUGAGGAAAAAUGACACACAGGACCUUGUUCCAAAUUUUAGUAGAACUGAUGGUUUUAAAUAUAGUUUUUUUUAACCGUAUUGUAAAUAAAUGGAAUAGUUUACCCAAUCAUAUUAGAGAAUCAAACAGUAUUGCAAUUUUUUUAAAAAAAUGUUUUAAGCUUUAUUAAGGAUAGCUAGAACAUUUAUAUUUCUAUUUGUAUAUAUUUGUCUCAUAUUUUAAUUAGUGGGGGCAUCCCUAGUAUGGCGCAUUGGCGCUUUUGGUUGUCUCCUCCACAACUUAUAGUAGUGUUAGCUUAUUUCAUUUCAUUAUUUGCUGGUAAUGUAAUGGAGUGAAUCUGUAAUAAAUAAAUAAAUAAUAUUUUGGACUUCAAUUAACGAAAAAGAAGUCUAGGACAAUAUUAGAGGAUAGGUGGUCCAAAGACAGUUCCGUUGACAGCGAAAAUUUUGGAUAACAUUAUGGUUGGUUUAUUCCAAGAUAACGGUAGACUUCCUGUAAUGAACGGGGUGAUUUUAAUCUUAUUUGCCUCUCAGUAAGACUGUUCUACCUCGUUUGACUCUAUGGACACUAUAUCUAGUCCUUUUGUCCUGACUUAAAAGAAAAAACUGCGUUAUUUUGAUCUGAAAUCUCUGCGUAAUCCUUAUAUCUGGUAAAAUCUUCUAAGCUGCUUUUCCCUUUUCUUUUCUCUUGUUUUUUCUUCAACAGUAUCCCGUUUUUAUGAGAUUGGAUGCUUUGCUUACAAGAACAAGGUUAUAAAUGAGUUAAAACCACAAGGGUCAGAAAGUCAGAGCAAUGAGCCCGCUGUUUUAAAGUGUGCUAAGCUUGCCCAAGACAAAAAUUAUCAUUUUUUUGCUGUGGGACAUCGUGGAAGAUGUUACUCCGGCCCAUAUGCUGGUCGCCGGUACUUUAUGUAUGGUUCCAUAUAUUGCAGGAAAGGAAACAAGAAAGGCUUUUUCGUUUACUCGUUUAGUAAGUUCGUAUUGAUAAUUUGUGAACUGGACCUUAAUCUGCGCCUCUUUAGAAUAACUGAUAACAUGACUUUUCGUGAAGUCAAGGCAAGUAACUUUAUUUAAACUCGGUAAAAACAUCAGGCAUAUAACUAAUAUAAAAUUCUAAGCUAUUCUUAUAAUACAUAAAUAUAUAACCUAUGAUCUAAUCUAAUAUAAUAAGAUGAGAAUGAAUAGAAUAUAAAACAGAUGUACAUAUAAUAUUAAAUAAAUAAUAAAUAGUAUAAACUAAGUCAGCCUGCUUUCCAUGGAUCCUGAGUGCAUAUUAUUUGAAGAAUUCCUUGCAGCCAGGUUUAAAAAUGUGUAUGGCUUCUGCUUGCCGAAGAGUCGAAGGCAAACCGUUCUAUACGACCGCCCCGCUAUAACGAAAAUCAUUUUUAAGGUAAUUGGUGCUGGGGAGAGGGACAUACAACGCUGUAAGGACCGACACAGGGCGAUAGUCUCACGCGCCCUCAUCCUUUUUGAACACAGGUGUCAAAUUGCCGCACUCCCAUUAGUCUGGCCAACUUGGCCAAGACCGAUUGGCAGUGAAAAAGUUAAUCAAGCGUGUAAUCUCCUCGGCCAUGCCUGGUGCUGUGAGCCUCAAAAGACGCGGUGAAAUGCCGUCAUCGCCAACCUCCUUUCAUAGAUUUAAUUAUCCAGAUAUCUCUUUCACAUAACUGGAGCUUACUGGUUCAAAGGUGAAUGGGUGUUCCUGUCUUGACGCAAUCCCAAGAACGCUCGGGUGAUCACUAAAAUUCUCCACGCUGCCGCAGUGGGUUUCAAGUACAGCAACCGACGCGAAGUAGUUGUUGAGCACCUCCACCACUUCACUGCGCUCCGUCGGAAGUUUGCCGUCCUCUACUAAUGUUACACUGUUCUUUGUGGACUAGAGGGACGAGUUAGGGAGUUAUAGCUUCGUAUUUUUUUUCAGAACUCCCCAGGGUGUUUCGCAUUAGAUGUUGCAUUACUACAAAUUAAGGUCCUUGAUACCCUUUCUCUACACGAUUAAAAAACAUGUAUUCCUGCGCAAGUAAAUGAGAUUCCUGUGCAAAACGUUUAAUUUCUUCCCUACUAUACUACUUAAAUACAAGAGUAUUGGAUAAAAUUUUCACAUAAAUUUACUUUUUCAAUAUAUGCUUUUUAAAUUAAACUGCUUUGUCAGUUAUAUUUGUAUUAUAUUGAUAGGAGUGUGGGGCUCAGAGCAAUUUAUUAUGGCGUUCUUUUUUAGUUGCAAAUUGUGGCAAAAUAUGUAACAAAACACUCAAUUUAUAGAAAUGUUUGUUAAAACGUGGAUUAUUAUUGCCGUUUGUUCUUCAGAUCCUGUCCCCUUGUAUGAACAACUCAGAUGUUACAAAGCCAACAGCGGUAGAAACAAAGCUCUCCGAUUGACGAUCUUAAGAAUUCCAAAUCAGUCGGGAGACAGUGGCAGAAAAUCAACAAUAAAUAAGUGUGCAAGGGUAGCAUUCGCCAAGGGCUUUACCUACUUUGGUUUGAUGAUGAAUAAAAACAAGAAGAUUACAUUUUGUGUGUCAGACAGGAAAGCAGCAGCAGCAAAAAAUUACAACAAAUUCGGUUCUUCAGAAAAAUGCGAGAAUGGAAUUGGUUUGAACGGCGCGAACAUGGUAUACAAGCUGAAAGGUAAAGUAAAGGUUCUUCUUGUCUUGUAAAAUUUAGAGUAAAAAAAAUCUGCAAUUCCUGGAUUAGAAAUUUCCUUUCUUCUGAACACGUUUUACCAAACGCACGUGGCUUGAUAUGCGUUUGAAUUUCAGUUGGUAAUCACCAAAAGACAGCGCUUGCAGGACGGUAUCUAUUGCCUGUUAGUUUCGUUAAAUGUUUUAUUUAAUAAUUCCUAUUUUGUCGAGUCGUCAACUUUCUUAAAUGCUGGGUGUUUUUGUCCGUCAAAAGUUAUAAUUUCAUAUUUACCUGGUACGUCCCAAGGACCGGGAUAUAUGGAUGAGACAACAUCAGCCUGCGCCUACGGAUAUCGAGGCUUUGCCGUGUAAGAUAGAGAAUACAGGUAAUUGUUCAGCUACGGUUAUCAGGUUUUUUGUCUCUCACUUUUCGAAGAUUUGUUGCAAGAAAUCUUGGACACGCAGGCUCAGUAGAAGGAGGAUUUAAGUUGCGUGGCGAUAAAAUAUCGUUUAAAAGUGAUCAAAGUCUCUGGUCAUCAAAAAGUUCUAGUUAUGGCGUCCAGUAAACUUUUCCUUGCAGUAAAACUAAUAACAUUAGAAUAUUAAAUAUUUUUUGUGGUUUUACGUACGUCUAAUAAAAAGACGUUUAGGAUGCAGGAUAUUGCCGACAUGUCGUCUCCUGGAAUCUUUCCACCAGAGUUUACUCUAUUUCCAUCUGAUACCCAGAAACAAAUGAGGACAAGUUAAAAAAUCUGCAUCUGGUUUCCAUUCUCUGAUCAACGUUUUUAAGAAUCUCUAACCAAAAUUCUCUGAGACUUAUAGCUGCUGUGGUUUUCAGAAGAUAGAACAUGUAAAAUUUGUGUAAAUAUUCCACGCAAAAACCUACCAUCUUCAACCUUUGAUAUCUCCAUCACAAACUAUCCAAAUUUUCUGCUAAAAGUCCCUAUCGGAAUUCAAUUUUCGGUUGUGCAGGUUUCAUUGUCCGAUAAUGUCAUUAUUGCAACACAUUUUCUUACAGACCAAAACUGUAACAAAAAUUAGUGUUGGCAAAAUGAGCGUUUACGAUAUGCUAAGCAUAACUGGCAGAGUUUUUCUUUUUUUGAGAGGAUUAUUAUUAGAGUUGUAGCUUGUUUGGUGUCAAAGACUAAUUAUUUUGAAGUCUUAUCCAUGUUUCUGUCUAUAUAUAGAGGAUAUUACACGGUGGCGCGAAGAUAUGAAUUUUAUUUUCGAGUGGCAAAACAAUAUUGUUUUUGCCAUGAGAAAAUAAAAUUCAUAUCUUCAAGCCGCCGUGUAAUGUUCUUUUUAAUAUACAGACAAAAUGACAUCGAUAAAAUAAUGAAUAGAGGAAAAUUACCAAAAUUAUGUCAUCGAUAAACUCACGUGUGAGAUUAUGGAAAAUAAACCACUCGGGUCCCGGAUGUCGUUUUUUAUGAAUUUUAUGUGUGGUAUAUUUUCCGGUAAAACACUCGUGUCUAUCAUUACAACUUCACGCCGAUUUAAGUGUGUACCCCAAAUUUUGGGGUUAUUAAGUAUUCAUAUAUUCAGGCUAUUGUUCUUGCCAUUGUCGAUUACCUUCCGAAGAAUCCACGAGCGGAAUUCCUUUGAUUUAGGUGCGAUAUGUCUCUUUUGUUUCGAAUUUUGUUGCUUGAUUGACUUUUUAAUCCCCAUUGUUACCUGAUGAGUAUUAAAUUUAUCCAUUAAAAUACUCGGACUUGCCUGUUAAAUUUGCUGCAGUCUGUGGGAACGCUUACAAAUCUUUUAAGCGUGGCGGACAACUCUCGUUGCAUAACAUAUUUUCGGUCACGCACCGUAUUACAAAGGAAACAAUCCUGAUAAAUUUGAAGCUGGUUAAAGCUUAUAAAUACCUGGUCUCCAAUAGUAUUUUUUUUAUGAAAUACUCUCUUGCCUUGAAAAUAAUUUGGCGUUUAAAGAAUUGCUGCGGAAGUUAUUUAUUAGAACGUUUUAUUCAUUCAGUAGCUCCGCAAUCAAGAGCGAACAACUCUUUUCAAAAUGUAAACAAAGCAAGCGGUGAAUGCAUUUAACGGGAUGAAACAGUUUUAUUAGAGUGUAAUUUCACUUUUUUGGACGUUUUCGCUCGCCUUUCAGUUUUUUUUUUGUUGAACAAAACCUUGCGUUUCAGUUACGUGACUGCAGGGCCCGAAAUAACCGCGUAUUGUCAGUUCACCGAUUUGCAUGACAACUUGAUUCGCGGAGUAGUCGAGUGAGACGGGAAAUAUCUAAAAUCAAAACAAGAGCUGUAAUCGGCAGAUCAAAACUUGCGGAGUUCAUCAUUCCUCGAAAUAAUUUUGUAGAAACGCUUGUAUAGUUUCAUUGCUCUGAAGAAAUGAAUAACUGUUAAGACUGAAUGAAUGGAUAACUCUCGGCCGGAUUUUAUUAAGCGAUAAGCGAGAAAAAAUGCUUCAGCGGCUUGCUUUGUACUUCGAAACUUCGGCAAGAAAAAAAAAUCCAAUCUCGGUCCACAGUGGUCGAAAUUUCUCGUUCAAGAUCUCUUUUUGAAGCUCUCAAAAUUCUCCUGUUUGAAAAAUAUGUGUCCAAGUCGAAGAAGUUUUGCGAAAGACUUAAAUCCAUAAACUUCUACCGCAAUAGGUGCGAUAGUUUUCUGCAGUUUUAUUGACACACUUAGAACAAAAGGAUACCUUUAAAACUUCGUGGCCCUGGGCAGCUUAAUUAAGCCAUUGUUCAAUUCCUUUGAAUUCGCUUCUGAGUCUUCCGCCAUAAAAUCUCACCUUCUUUGAACCGAGUCAAAACGAGCACUCUCGAAGUGAAAGUCCGGAGGAAUAAAUUGAGCCUUCAUGGUACAAAAUCCAGCGGUUAUGCCCAUUUCUGAAAUACACACUUAAAUCGGCGUGAAGUUGUAAUGAUAUGAUAAAUAUAUAUAUUUCCUGGGGAAGAGAAGAGAAUGUCGCCGUUUUCCGCUGUCAGAGGCAACAGAAAGGGGUUGAGGAAUCUGCAGAUACGAGAAGACAGACAACCGUCCGAUGAAAAAAGUCAUCCUUUGGACCUUUCUGUUGUCCGUGCUAAGAGUUUCUGUUGCAGUGAUGACAGCUGGAAAAAUCAAUAUUUCGUGAAAUCCAAGUAAUGUUUGUUAAAAUGACCGCUACUGCCAACUUUUUGUCGUGAUCAGAAAAAAAAAACGUGAGAGCUAUUGAGAAUUAUGUUUGUGUUUAGCCGUAACUGUCAUCGUUCUUUUUGCCAGUAAUUUUUCACCGUUCCGUAUGAAGCUGUGACGCAUUAAUGACGUCAUCGGACACUUCUCCUGCACACCUACAUACCUGCAGAACUGAAAAUUAAGCCCUCCGUAAACUGGUUCGUGUUUUAUCCUUGAAAUGAAUUGCAAUAUAAGCCUGUUGUUUACUGCUUUUAACAGCUACUAUCACAAUUAUAAAGAGAUGUGAUUGUAAAAAUCACGUCCGCAAUUUUUUGCCAUGGAUAAAAGUUCUUUGUAAAUGAACUUGUUGAGACAAGCCUUGCAUCACUUAUUGAAAUCUAAUGAAGGUCAUUAAUUCAAAUCUCUCUCGUACUUUUUUUUAAUCAGGAUAGACGAUGAAACCUAUCAGAUGGCUUUUUUCUGAUGACUGAACCGAUCGGACUGUUUCAAUGAAAAAAAUAUUGAAGAGGAAACUGAUGACUACUGAAUUAAGACGCAAUUAAAGAUUUCAAAUAAAAUACUUAACAACUUACAGUAAUUAUUUCUAAUAUCUUCUAUUCACUGUACUUGAAUAUAGCAACGUAAUUCAAACGAACUGGAUGUUACAAUAUAAUGAGGGAAACUUACCAAACGUACUCCCUACUUAGUAAUCACCGGCGUUAAAAGAUCAUUUGAUAUCGUAAUGGAAAGUAUGUAAGUUUUAAUUUCCACAUCCAGGAGCGCAUGACCAAGGGCUCUUUCCACACAUUGUAGUGAG